AACAAUUGGAAUCCUUGGAUAGUGGCUUCGUAUAAAUCUAGGACAUGGAUCAGUUUUGGACACAAACAAGGGAACAUAUGCCCUUCGUAAUCUCCACAACUUUUCCUCUUAACCAAUAUACAUAUGCAUGUAAUCUCCUGGAUGAAGCACUUAAAGACCACUUGACAUUUUUCCUUUUAAAAGUACUAAAUAAAGUGCAUCCUCACACUAUGGAUAGAGGGUUUAAGGAAAAUUUAUCUAUUUCAACCGAUUGUUUUGUUUCAUUGAAAACUACUCCCUAGUAUUAUAAGUUGUUUUACAUAAAUUAAGAAGCAGUACUUUUGAUUAAUAGACAAUUUUUUUUAAUAUACACUAUAUUUUAUUAGAUCAUUAAUUAAUUUACUCUUUUUCUUUGUUAACGAAGAUGUAAAAUAAUCAAAAAGAUAAGAAUAGAAUCGACAAAAAGUAUUUAAUAUAACUUUAAAAUUUGAAAACGACGUACGAAUAAAAAUAACUUUUUCCAAAAAAAAAAAACAGACAUUUAAGAAAAAUAGAGUAACUUGGAAGGACUUCUUCUACCUUAUCCUACAAGCAAUAAAAAGUAGUACUAAUACUUAUCACAUUAGGAAAACAUGAAACAAUCAAAAUAUAGUAUCAUCCACCGUGUAGCUUGUUAUGAUGCAUUUAUUUAAAGUGGAAUCUUUGAAGUAUGAAUAUGUCUUGAAGCAAUAAUACAGGAAUUAAGUUGUCAUGUAAUAAUAAGUAGUCGAUAUUUCCAAUGACCUCUUGUUUGAUCCGUGUAAUAUAAUAACAACCACCUGAUAACGGCCUUCUCUAUAUUAUUUGACUUUACUUUACACACAUUUUAUUAAAUUAAACACAUUAUCCGUCUCCUUUUUUGUAGGAAAAGAAAAAUGGUGCUGAUUGUUCAUCAUGUAUAUUUUCCUGCUGCACUGAAGUUUAUAUUGUUAAUUACUCUCUGCACUUUAUCAGAUUGCUAUGACCCUUUGGAUCCAAAUGGGAACAUUUCUAUAACAUUUGACAUUUACCAACGUAUGGAAAAUGGAUAUCUGGCAAGGGUGACUCUACAAAACUAUCAUCAAUAUAGGCAUGUAGACACACCAGGGUGGAAACUAGGAUGGACAUGGCUGAACAAUGAAGUGAUAUGGUCAAUGAGUGGUGCAAUUGCAACUGAUAGAGGUGAUUGUUCAUCUUACAGUGGUUCUCAAAUGCCACAUUCAUGCAAGAAAGAUCCAAUCAUAAUUGAUAUAGCUCAAGAUGUCACACAAAACAGGUCAGACCAUUGCUGUCGCAGCGGACGCCUCUCUGCCCGUGCUGUUGAUUCUUUCAAUUCAUUCUCUUCAUUUGAACUUGAAGUAAGAAACUUGGAGGAGAAAGAAAAUUCACUUGGACAAGCACCUAAUAAUGUUACACUCAUGGCACCAGGUCCUGGUUACACUUGUAGCCCAUUUCUGAUUACUGAUCCAACAGUGUCCUUAGAUUUUGGAGGACAAAGACAAGUUCCAGUUCUCAGAACUUGGAAGUCGGAAUGUACAUACUCUAGUUUCUUGGCAAACAAGUCACCAGUAUGUUGUGUUUCAUUCUCAACAUUUUACAAUCCUAUUAUCACACCAUGCCGCAAUUGCAGUUGUGGUGGAUGCAGGGAAGCAGAUAAAAAUACAGUGUCUUGCAUAAGGCCAGGUGAUCCCUUGAGAGGGUCAAAUGAUGAGAUUGAGAACAACAGCAUAAUUGAAUGCACUGACCACAUGUGUCCAAUUCGAGUCCAUUGGCAUUUCAAGAACAACUAUUUGAAUCAUUGGAGGGUGAAGCUUACAAUUUCAAACUACAACUAUAAUAGAAACUACUCUAACUGGAAUGUCCUGGUUCAACAUCCUGGUUUCAACCAAAAAACAACAACUUAUAGUUUCAACAGCACUAAACUUCCCACUCUUGGCAUCCAAGAUGGAGUUGCACUUUUGUGGGGGAUAGAUUUUUACAACAGUGAAUUAUUGCAUUCUGAUAAGGAUAGAGUUGGUUCUGUGACAACAGAAAUACUAUUGGAAAAGGAUGAGAAUUCAUUCACAUUGCAAAAUGGAUGGGCAUUCCCAAGAAGAAUAUAUUUCAACGGUGAAAAUUGUGACAUGCCUUUACCUGACACAUUCCCUAUGUUACCAAAUGGUAGCUCCAAUUUAAGACCUACUUGCAUUGAUUUCGGUCUUUCAUUAAUUUCUUUGUUCAUUCUUCUCUUACUACUGUUGUAGUAAUUCUAAUACUUUACUUUAAUUUUGA